AUGCCACGCUACCAGAAACUCAUCAACGAGGACAGCACCAUGGAGACGUCCACGCUGCCCCAACAGAAGCACUCCAAGCAGCCGCAGGUGGAGCACCAGCUGCAGCAUCGCCAUCAGUACCAGCAACAGCCCCCGAACGUGGGCUACCAUCUGUAUCUGUAUCGGCAGCAGCUGGCGCGCCGCAACGUGGAGUACAUGCGCCUGUCCAAGGCCAAGUACUGCAUCACGGACACCCUGCUGGCCAAGACGGUGCGCAACCUGAAGGCCUGCACCGUGGACGAGCUGAAGACGGUCAACAAUCAGAUUGUGUUCCGGCACAAGCUCAAGCAUCAGAUCCGUCGCCUGCGCAAGCUGCAGUUUCUGGGCAUUAAGAACGCCAAUCCACAGAUGGAGAGCACAGAGCUGUGA